GCCCGGACCCCUUGAGAAUGUGGAUAAACUCACAAGCAACUAUUGCGUCCUAUGGCGCUACAUAUGAUCCAAUACAUUGUAGUAUGGUACAUAUUACAUACAUCCUUUCGUCUUCCCCCAUCAACAUGAAAACCACCAUAACAACUACACCAAGCAGCUCCCCUUCGCCAUUAAUUCAGCCUCCAAAACUCAGAACUUUGUUCCCCGAGAGAUUUCACUCAAUUCCUCAAUUCAAACACCUGGCUGCAGCUGUAAACCCAGCUUCAAGAGCCGCAUCCGGGCUGAGAUGCAGCAAAAACGGCAGCCCGCCAUCGGCAAGUGGAAAUGAGGGCAAUUUGAAGGAUUUGCUGUCUGGUAUGGUGGACGAGAGGGUAGAUGAACUCUUGAGCAAAGAGGAGAACAAGGGUUUGUUGGACGGGCUGGAGCAAGCCUCCAGGAGAGUUGAAAUUGCCAGGCGAGAGCUUGCCGAGAUAAAAAAGCAGGAAAUUGAGGCCAAGGCUAUGAGGGAUUACGUUAAUCACCUCGAAUCAAGAGCCUCUGAGAUUGCAGAAUGCCAGAAAGAAAUAUCGGAAGCAAGGGCAAUGGUGGAAGAAGCUGAAAGGUCAUUGACAGACCAAAGGAGGAAAGCCUCAAAAGAUGACGAGAGAUUGGAGUCUGUUAAAGCUGCUUCAUUAUCUGCCAUCAUCGGCACACUUGCCGAGCUCCCCAUUUCCUUAACUCGAGUUACCAGCAACUCCGAACUCUUACUUCCUCUGGCCAUUACCUUUGUUAGCUGUGCAUUGUUUGGGGUAACUUUCAGAUAUGCUGUCAGAAGAGACUUGGACAAUUUCCAGCUAAAAUCUGGGACUUCUGCAGCCUUUGGAUUCGUUAAAGGGCUCGGUAUGCUGGGUGGUGGACCACCGUUGGAUUUGGAAGCCGGCAGCUUUCUCUCGCAUGCUUUUAGUGGAGUUGCUCUGGACUUCUGCAUUAAGUUGAGAAUUCUAAGUCCAUUUCCAAUUGAUCCAUCCAUCCUUUCCAAGGACAUAUGAACUAAUUGAACACAUAAAUAUCAUUUUGUGAUCUUUAGAGGUGCCAUAUCAAAUUAAUUUUCUUUCCGGUUUUGUUAUAGUUUGUUUUGUUUUGUUUUGUCUCUUGUGAAAAUAUAUAGAAAAUUGAAUGUGUAUUGUCGGAUAAAAAAAAAUUAUAUUUGCAACUGUACUGCAGGUUUUUGGGGACUUGUGACCUACUUUUCAAUUAUUUUAUCUUUAUUAGUUAUUUAGUAUUUAUAUUUUAUGAUUGUUUUGUUCCACUUGAAAUAUCUAAAGCUUUAUAAACACUAUCUCUACCUGGUCAAGUUGCCUGAGUUUUUAUCUUU